UGUAAAAGUGAAAUUCGCGACAAUGUGUUCACAAAUUACAUCGUAGUAGUGUAUUAGUUUGAAUCAAGGUACAGUGUUGUCUCUUACGAGGCUUAUAACCUCUAAUAUUUUCACAGCAUCUAUUGCGAUAAAUUACGGUGAAUGUACCUAUCGCCGAGGAAGUAAUGGAAGUCAACAAUGACGUAGUUGGGGUGAAGGAAGAGCCGAGCGAUACUUGUCCAGAUGCAGGUGACGAUCGUGUUUUCGAUUCGACGGGCUCUUGCAAUGAUGUAAAAGUUGAAACUUUUCCGUUUCGUGAAUUAUCGGCGAAACAACAAAUAUUCAUUGACUUCGAGGGCAGAAAUGUUAAAACUGAACUGAAGCCGCUAUCGACAGUCAUCUGCAAAACCGAACAUAAAAGUGGCCUACCUAUUGUGAAAAUAGAAAAAGAAAACCAGCUCAGUCACUCGAACGAAAAAAGUUUAAUAAUUUUGAUAAAAAAGGAAUUUAAUUAUGACGAUAAUUGUCAAUUUAACUCCCGUGCAAUAUUUAUCGAACGCGAGAAUCUAAAAAGUUUUGAAAAUUCCGCAGGAAAAUCAUUUGAAUCAAACAUGUAUCGAAAUACUAAGAAAGCAAGAGUAAGUUCAACAGAGCAUACGAAUACAAUACUUAAAAAGAGUAGCAUUAAACCGGGUGAAUGUAGAAUUUAUAAUGAAUUAUUUUCCUGCAAAAGUGACCUGAAAAUUCAUUCAAAAACGACACACCAUUGUAGCGAAUCCUUUGAAUGUGAGAUUUGUCACAAAUCAUUUAGACCAAAAGGCAACCUCAAACGUCACAUGAAUGUUGUACAUAAUCGGAUCAAACACUUCGAAUGUUUACCAAUCAUAAGCAGACACGAAUUAUUGCAGUCCAAUAGCGCAACGAUUUACGGCAACGUCGCGUAG